CUGCGUACAUUUUGACGUCUACAGUUUCCGGAAGUGGAUUGUUCAGCCCGUGGUUCAGAGUAAAAAAACGAUAGCACAAACAAAUAUACGUAUUUCUUUAAUUUCAACAUCACAAAUGUCAGGGGGGGGCCGUUUAGAGAACGCGAAUCCCUUGAUUUUUCAACGAACAGGCGAGAGACUUCAGACCGCAAAUGACGAGGACGAAGAUGUUGCUGAUCCCAUCGACGACAGAGAAAUAUUUGAUCUCAUCAGAUCCAUUAAUGAUCCUGAACACCCACUGUCCCUCGAGGAGUUGAAUGUCGUGGAACAAGUGCGAGUGCGCGUAGAUGACCAAGAGAACACAGUGGGUGUGGAGUUCACCCCCACUAUACCCCACUGCAGCAUGGCAACUCUCAUAGGCCUGUCCAUCAAAGUCAAACUGCUGCGGUCCCUGCCAGAAAGGUUUAAGAUUGAUGUGCACAUCACUCCUGGGACGCAUGCCUCAGAAGAUGCAGUCAACAAACAGCUGGCAGACAAAGAGAGAGUGGCCGCUGCACUCGAGAACUCCCAGCUUCUGGAGGUGGUCAACCAAUGUCUGAUAUCCAAUGCAAGGACGGGCUGAUCCCUCCUGAUGGAUCAAUUGAAAAUUCUCCUUAGUCCAGGACUAGGCUUAAUGUUUCUCUCCUUACAUGCUAACUGGACUGGUUGUUCAGAUUAUGUUGAGUAAAUGGCAAAUGUAUCAUGUAUGCUGCAAUAGAUUAAAAUAAUACAAACAGAAUUCCAAUGUAGUUCUGCUAUAGGCAGAAAUAACUAUACUGUGUGUUUUGUAUGUCUUCACUAUAUUCCUGACAUCUUCAGUUUAACAGUAUUAUAGAGAAGCAUUGUAUCCUUUAUUAUACAGGUAAAGCAAUAAAAUACAGGGUUAUAUCUUAUGUCAUUGAAAAUAUACCUAAAUAUUCAUGGCAUUUGGGAAGAGAACAAAGAAAGUAUCUUAUAAAUGAAGCAAUCUCAACGUACACAAUGACAUGAAAGCCCAAAGACUGGGGACACUGAAUAAGAAAGGCCUUAGUUUAUAACAUGUCUUGGGGAGAAAUUAUAUAUAGUAUAAUACUUGUGCCAUUGGAUUUCCAUCAGAUGCCUUGUUUCAUAUCUGUCUGAAAUAAAAUAGUAUACAAUCUGUGAAA